AUGUCUAGAUUUCACGUCAGCAAAGGAGUCACCAUGUUGGCCGAUCCCUCUAAUCACCGCACUGGCUUGGCCCCAGCUUGCUUCGACACCAAGACCUUCGACUUUGGCUGGUGGCCUUCGGUCCGCCACCCCGAUCCAUCCCGCAUGAGACAGCGAAUGCAGAGUCAAGCAUUCGUCACUGAUACUUCACCUUCGCGCGAAUACCAAGUUGACUUCUGGCGCAGCCGGGCGACCUACUUCGCCGAGGCCGCUGAUCAGUCAUUUGUCCAGUGGAAGGCUGAGAAGAAGCUGAAUGAUGGCAAAGUGAGGCACCUCCAGGAUGAGCUUGCCGGCAUCAAGAAAUCGAUGGAGUCGUAUGAUAUCACCAUCAUUGCCUUGCACGACAAAGAUCAGAAGAACCAGGGAUACAUCGAAUCUCUUCAGAACCAGCUCAAGGAGGCGUCUCCCCGACAUGGCUCAACUGCCCAUGGACUCGCGCCACUUACACCCCCUGCGGCACCCGAGGCGCUCUAUCCAAGCAAGCACAGUGGCGACACCCCAUCUCAAUCCCAAUACUCAACGGACGACUCUCAACGAGUAUCCCCAGUCUCCUCUCCCAUCUCAACCUCUCCUUCCUCAGUCUCGUCUCUCUUCACUUUCCCAGCCAGGAAGCGAGUCAACAGGAACUCAGGCAAAUCUACUCAAGAGCCAGAAGCGACUAUUAACUCUUUCAAGUCAGACCUUUCUUCCCUCCCAACACAAAAGAGUACACAUCCGACGCCUUCGCCAGCCCCAACCCUGUUUGCGCUUCCGGACUACGCCACUGCACGUUCCCGACGGCGUGUUCAAGUUGGAUGA